GUCAACGAUGGAGGAAAGACUCCAACCUACUCAAAUUAAUCCAAGUUUGAACUUGAAAGAGAAAUUAAGGAAGGUAUUCUGCCCAAAUUGUAGUAUAAGCUGGCAAAGUGAAGAGAUUAGAAAGGACGUCUACUAAAAGUUUGGUGCUGCUGAGAAUUUGAGCUUUUACUGGAAACUCACAUCAGUCUGUAUAAAGUUCAUUUCAUUGAGGUUCUCAAACCACAUACUCGCAACAUAUGAACACAUCAAUGGCAUCUUCAUCAUCAUUUUCUCCUUCUGUUCCGGAAUUUUCUUCUAAAUCGUGGAAGUAUGAUGUAUUCCUUAGCUUUAGAGGAGAAGAUACUCGGAAGACUUUUGUGGAUCAUCUCUACUCAGCUCUUGAACAACAAGGGAUCUACACCUACAAGGACGACGAAACACUUCCUCGGGGUGAGUUGAUUGGUCCAAACCUUAUGAAGGCUAUAGAAGAAUCACAGAUUGCUGUCAUCGUAUUCUCUGAAAACUAUGCAGAUUCUUCAUGGUGCUUACAUGAACUUGCACAUAUCAUGAAAUGCAAGGAUACUGGAAACCAAAUCGUUUUGCCCAUAUUUUAUAAUGUGGAUCCAUCUGAUGUGCGAAAACAAAAGCGAAAAUAUGGAGAAACAUUUUGCAAACAUGAGUUGGAGAACAAGAGCAAUGUUGAAUCUUGGAGAAAAGCACUCGUGGAUGCAAGUAACAUUUCUGGAUGGGAACCCAAGCACAUUGCCAAUGGGCAUGAAUCAAAGGUUAUCAAAGAAAUUGUUGACACAAUUUCACAGAGGUUGCAGCUAGUAACUUCAAGUGCAGACGAGAACCUAGUUGGAAUAGCGGCCCGUGUGCAAGGUUUGGAAUCAGAGUUACAAAUUGGGUCAGGUGGUGUGCGGAUGAUUGGAAUAUGGGGGGUUGGGGGUGGUGGUAAGACUACUCUUGUGUCUGCUAUUUAUGAUGAAUUCUCUAGCAAGUUUGAUGGUUGCUGCUUUGUAAAAAAUAUCCGGGAGGAAUCAAGGAAAAAUGGUUUGGAAAAAUUGCAAGAAAAAAUCCUUUCUGGUGUUUUGAACCAAAAGAAAGUUCAGGGAAUAGGGAGAGUUGAGGAAGGAAGACAUAUGAUGCUGAAUAAGUUAUGCCGUAAAAAGGUGUUGAUUGUUCUUGAUGACGUCGAUCAGCUUAACCAACUAAAAGCAUUAGCUGGAUCACAUGAUUGGUAUGGUGAAGGAAGCCGAAUAAUAAUCACAACCAGAGAUGAGCAUGUAUUAAAUGCAAACAGAGUUGAUGUUAAGCACAACAUUAGCUUGUUAAACAAUGAUGAAGCUAUUAAGCUCUUUCGCAAGCACGCAUGCCAGGAUUACAGAUGGACUGAAGAUUACAAGCAGCUUUCCAAAGAGGUGGUCUCUUAUGCUGGUGGGCUUCCAUUAGCACUUACAGUAAUCGGUUCUUUCUUGUGUGACAAAAACAUUCGUGAGUGGAGGAGUGCAUUAGCCAGACUGAAAGAGAUCCCAGAUGAUAAUAUUUUGGAAACUCUAAAAGUCAGCUUUGAUGGACUUAAACCGCUUGAACAAGACUUGUUUCUUGAUAUAGCAUGUUUUUUUAGGUGGCAGAAGAAAGAUACCGCAAUGGAGAUUCUUGAUGCUUGUGGUUUUUAUCCUGUUAUAGGAAUAAAGGUGUUGAUACAAAAGGCUCUCAUAACUAUUUCGAAAGAUGGAGAGUUUGAUAUGCAUGAUCUGGUGCAAGAAAUGGGACACCACAUUGUUAGAGGGGAACACCCCAAGAAUCCUGAGAAACAUAGUAGGAUUUGGAAGAAAGAAGAUGUUCUUAGAAUAUGUGCUAUGGAUGCAAUGAUGGAAAGUGACAAGAUCGAAGCAAUAAAAAUGGAUUUCUGGAUUCAACCAGCAAAAGGACAAGAACAAAAUCUUCAUUCGGUUGCUGCAAACAUGAAGAAUCUUCGGUAUAUGGAAUCGAUAGGUGAUCCUGCAAAAUCAUUGUUUAAUGAGCUUCCACUAAGGGAGCUUUGCUGUCUUCUAUUGACCUUUGGCUCGCAAACACAACUUUGGGAGGGUUGUAAGUUGCUCCCAAGUUUGAAGUUAUUGAAACUUCACUUUAUGGAUAAACUAAUCAUCACACCAGAUUUUAAUGGACUUCCAAAUCUUGAAAGAUUUAUUCUUUAUGGAUGUCUGUGCUUAGUAGAAAUUCAUCCAUCGAUUGGAUGCUUGGAAAAGCUUGUUUACUUAUCUAUAGAAGCUUGUCCCAAUCUUGAGAUGUUUCCACCCAUUAGGGGAAUAAAGAAACUUGAGACCCUUGAAUUCCCAGGGCAGCCCAAACUUGUUAAGUUUCCAAAGAUCCAACAACAGAAGAUGGACAAUUUACAACAUCUUGAUUUGGAUAAUAGUGGGAGCAAAGUUGCAUCCUACAUAGAAUCUUAUUCAAACUAUUUUGUUAUUUGUUGGAGGUGUGGUUGCAGCAAUCUUCCUGGUGUAGAAUGUUGUGUAGAGGAUCCUUGUUUACAUCGUAACAUACGUUUAAGGUUUUUCAACAAAUUGCAUGAACUCCGAUUCUUAAGGAAGUUGAAUCUGAGCGUGUGCCAUUUAGGAGAUGAAGACAUUGGCUCUGAUGUUUUAGAGUUUCUGAUAGAGACUGAAUGUAAACUAUAGAGAGAAAAUGAUGUAAAUAAGAAUGAAUUGAAAAGUAAUGCUUGUAAUUGAUAAACGUAAUCAAAUUCAAUCACACGAUUGUCCAGGGAGAGGUCCCUCUCUCACAGAGCAGAAAGCUCAGGAGCCAAUACAAACUUUACAAAAAUCAUGACAAUCCCAACAGAUUAUUCUCCUCUCCUUUUAUUCUUCUCUCUCUCCUUAACCACUUUAGCCACUUUCCGGAUUUGCCCUUCUGUCCCUUCUAGAAUACACCAUCAGUGGUCCCCUUGUGCUCAUUUUGUUAGGAAUUAAGCUUGUAUCCGUAUCAUUACUCCCGCCUUCAAUUAAAGUCUUGACCUCAAGACUUGUAUUAGGGAAUUGUUCUUUGAUAGUGAUAGCAUCUUCCCAAGUAGCUUCCUCCAAUGACUGUCCCUGCCAAUGUACUAACCACUGUUCCACCUUAUCAUGAGGCCCACCGACAGAACGUGUAGCCAAGACAGCUGCAGGAAUAACCAUAUCUUCUGUAUCGACCUCCAAUUCUGGAGGAAGACUAGUAUCCGCCGGAACUUGAACAGCUUUCUUAAGUAACGAGACAUGAAAAACAGGGUGAACCUUAGAAGUGGGUGGUAAUUGAAGCUUGUAAGCAACUGGGCCUAUUUUUUCCAGAAUUUGAAAUGGACCAAAGAAUUUUGCAGCUAACUUAUGAUGUAUUCUACUAGAAACAGACUUUUGUCGAUAGGGCUUCAGUUUGACAUACACCCAUUCUCCGUUCUGAAAAUGACUAUCUCUGCGUUUCUUGUCUGCCUGGGCCUUCAUAGUACUUUGAGCUUGAGCUAAGUGAACUUUCAACUGUCGAAGUGCCUCAUCCCGAUCCUGAAGCUCUUGUGAUACAGCCUGAACCCGGACUUCUCCUGGAACGUAUUGGAAUACAGUUGGUGGUUUGCGCCCAUAAACUACUUCAAAAGGGGAGAUGCCGGUGGAUCCAUGAAAGGUAGAGUUGUACCAAAACUCAGCCCAUGGGAUCCAUGUGGUCCAUAAACGUGGCUGAUCCACUGCAAAGCACCGAAGAUAUGCUUCCAAGCACCUGUUAAUCACUUCUGUUUGCCCAUCCGAUUCCGGGUGGUAUGCUGAACUCAUGUGCAAUUGAGUGCCUUGGGCCUUGAAAAUUUCCUGCCAGAAUUUACUAAUGAACAAAGGGUCACGAUCACUCACAAUAGACUUAGGAAUGCCAUGAUGGCGGACCACCUCUCGAACAAAAACCUCAGCUACAGUUCUGGCAGUAUACGGAUGCUUCAAAAGUAUGAAAUGGGCAUAUUUAGACAGCCUGUCCACCACCACAAGAACCGCAUCAAACCCUUUAGAUUUGGGUAGACCAAGUAUAAAAUCUAGAGAAAGGUCUUCCCAAAUUGCUUUUGGAAUAUCUAAGGGUUGCAGAAGACCUCCGGGAGCCAAAGAACUUGCCUUGCAACGUUGACAAACAUCACAAGCACGCACAAAGUUCUUAAUACACUCAAUCAUGCCAGGCCAAUAAAGGUUAGCAGCUAACCUCCGAUACGUACGGUAAUACCCUGAGUGUCCACCGGUAGCAGACACAUGGAAUUCAUGGAGAAGGGCUGGGAUAAACUUAGAUUGACGAGGAAUUACCAAUCGAUCCCUGUAAUACAAGAUCCCAUUGCGAACAGAAAACCCCGGAUGACGCGUUGAAGAAUCUUGACAUGCUUGCAUGAUACGUUGAAUGUCACGAUCUUCUUGUGCUUCCUUGACCAACUGUGCCCCCUGAACCCACACAGGGGCAGAUUGUAGUUGAUGGAGUUCCCCGGCUUCGGCUCGUCGGGAAAGAGCGUCAGCUGCUCGAUUUUCGCGACCCGGUUUAUAUUGAAUGUCAAAAUCGUAACCCAAGAGUUUGGCCACCCAAUUUUGUUGAUCUGGGGACGUGAUGCGUUGUUGUAAUAAAAACUUGAGGCUCUUUUGGUCGGUGUACACCACAAAUUUGGUCCCCAGUAAAUACGACCUCCAAUGUUGAACUGCAAGUACCAAAGCCAUAAUCUCUCGUUCAUAUGCCGAUUUCGACAAAUUUUGAUCACUAAGCGCCCUGCUAAAAUAAGCAAUCGGCUUAUUUCGUUGCAUCAAAACUGCCCCAAUACCCCUUCCGGAAGCAUCACAUUCAACGACAAAAGGAACCGAAAAAUCCGGUAAAGCAAGAACAGGGGCUGUAACCAAAGCAUUCUUUAAAUUGUCAAAUGCCAUUUGUGCCUCCGAAUUCCAUUUAAAAGCAUCUUUUUUUGUUAAAUCAGUUAAUGGACGUGCUAUACUCCCAUAAUUCCUAACGAACUUCCGGUAAUAGCCCGUUAAUCCCAAAAACCCCCGAAGGCCUUUCAACUGUUUGGGCACUGGCCACUCCACCACUGCAUCUACCUUUGUUGGGUCCAUCGACACACCUUUUCCAUCGAUAAUGUGACCCAAGUAUUCAAUGGAUUGCUGUCCAAAUGAACACUUCUUUUGGUUAACCACAAACUGAUUAUAUUCCAAAAUUCGAAGCACUGUUGCUAAAUCGUGCAAAUGAUCUUGCCACGUUGCACUGUAAACCAAAAUAUCAUCAAAAAAAAUGACCACCUUCUUUCGUAACAAAGGCCGAAAAACAUCAUUCAUCACAGCUUGAAAUGUAGCAGGAGCGUUCAUCAAGCCAAAAGGCAUUACCAAGUAUUCAUAAUGGCCGUCAUGGGUACGAAAUGCCGUCUUCUCAACACUAUCCUCAUGCAUUCUGAUUUGAUUAUAGCCCGAUUUGAGAUCGAGCUUGGAAAAGUAACAAGCACCAAAUAACUCAUCUAACAAUUCUUCCACUACAGGAAUUGGAAACUUAUCAGGAAUGGUUGCCUUAUUCAGGGCCCUAUAGUCCACACACAUCCGCCAGGUAUUAUCCUUCUUGCGAACCAAAAUCACCGGGCUCGAAUAAGCACUUUUACUGGGUCGAAUCAACCCUAAAUUCAAAAGCUCUUGAACCUGACGUUCAAUUUCGGACUUUUGGACAUGAGGGUAACGAUACGGACGGACACACACAGGUGCUUGAAGAUUUUCCAAAGCAAUAAUGUGGUCAUGGGGACGGGACAGAGGCAACCCCCUGGGAGGCUGAAAAACCCCAUCAAACUUGCAAAAUAACACCUGCAACUCAUCCUGCUGAACCAAGGAUAGCCCUGUCUCUGCCAUAGAAUAAACCAACCCACUGGAAGUCUCCCGAGUCACAGAAGGACUGAUUGAGGAUGAGGAUUGGACUUGUAACCAUUUAUGCAGAGAGGCUUGAGAUGGUUGCCCAGGAAUUAAACCUUGAAGCUGAACCAUCAUACCCUGAUAAGAGAAACGCAUCCAGGAUUUAUCCCAAUUAUGCGUGACUUCGCCCAAGGUUUUUAACCAUUCCAUUCCCAAGAUGAUAUCAGGAUUCCCAGUGUCAAAAACUAAGAGAUUCACAGCAAAAGAGCAACCACCCAUCAAAAUAUGAAGAUUGACACACUUCUCAGUUACACGAACCACAUGUCCAUCCCCCAGCUUAAUGUUGAUGCCAUGAAAUGGAAUAGAAGAAAUGCCUAAUGCCAGCACCAAUUGACGGGACAAAAAAUUGUGGGUGGCUCCACUAUCAACCAAAACCACAACAGGAAUUCCCAAAAGUUCCCCAUCAAAUUUCAGAGUCUUACCUCCACUACAUUCGGUAGAAGUGCCAGUGAAUUCCAAGGCAGCACAGUGUCCUUCGUCGUUGGGCAAAAGUGGGGAGUCUUCCAGAGGAGGAGUUUCGGUAUACCUGUAAUUACUGCCCUCAUCAACUUCAUCAUCACCCAGAAUGAGUACACGUAAUUUCCCAUCAGGGCAUUUGUGACCUGGUCCGAAUUGUUGACCGCAUCGGAAACAGAGACCUUUUUUCCGGCGUUCUUCCCACUCCGUACGGGUUAACGAGCGAACACCACGAUCACGAGGAGGGGUAGAUGGGUGAUCAUGUGAAGAUGGACCAGGGGAACGAGGAGGAAGAGAAGAACGAGGACCGUCCAGACGCUGGGGAGACCAACGUUCAAUGGUUUUAGGGUUAGAAAACCCUUUUGGGUCCACCCGACUCCCACUAAUGGACUUCAUGUCCGACCCAAAAUCCGAACCCGAUCCAAAUGCGGAAUGAUAACGAAAACGGGUUUGGGGAAUCGUACCAGUACCGGGACGAAGGAUCUCUUCGACAUCUUUUGCUGAAUACAUCGCAUCCAAACGAGAUUGUGGUCGUUGUAAGCGAACCCAACGACGUACAUCAUCGUGUAAGCCGGCGACGAAAUACCCCAUAGCUUGCAUCUCAGGCAUCUUAGGAACCAGGGACAUCAAAUAUUCAAAGUCAUCGAUGUAGUCAUGAAUGGAGGUCGAUUGUUGGAUCAAAGCAAGUUGUUCAUAGGGAUUUUGGAUCUCCAAACCGCUGAAACGUUGGAGUAAUUCUUCCUGAAAUUGCUCCCAGGUAAGAGAAUCAUGUACCUGGCGCACCACCGAGAACCAAUGUUGUGCGACUCCCGUCAUGCUGAGUUGAGCCAAUCGAAUACGAAGAGAAGGAUCGGUACCGUUGAUGUCGAAGAAGAGAUUGGCCUUCUGAAUCCAUCCUUGGGGGUCAAACCCAUAAAACUCCGGCAACUUCACCUUCUUCACCGCCCAUGGUAAUCCCCCAGAAGGAGUACCAGAACCGCCUGGAGGUGGAAGCGAACCACCACCGAAACCUGAAUUGAGAACCCCAGAAGACUGUGGAAACGGAGAGUCAGAACCCAUCCCAGAAGAACCACCAGAAGAGCCACCAGUACUCGGUUCCGCUACUUUGUCUUGCUUCUUAAUCCAAUUCAUCACGUAAGUGCGGAAUUCGCCCAUUUCCAUCUGUUCUCUGUCCAUUUUUGAUUGCAUCAGUGUCACAUCAGCUUGUAAUUGAGAAAUCUGCUCAUCAUGGUGAUCCAAACGUGAAGCCGGAGAACGAGUUUCCACAGUGGGUUGAACCAUGGCGACUCAAGGUAGAGCGGAGCAGGUCGGACCAAUGAUAGAGACUGAAUGUAAACUAUAGAGAGAAAAUGAUGUAAAUAAGAAUGAAUUGAAAAGUAAUGCUUGUAAUUGAUAAACGUAAUCAAAUUCAAUCACACGAUUGUCCAGGGAGAGGUCCCUCUCUCACAGAGCAGAAAGCUCAGGAGCCAAUACAAACUUUACAAAAAUCAUGACAAUCCCAACAGAUUAUUCUCCUCUCCUUUUAUUCUUCUCUCUCUCCUUAACCACUUUAGCCACUUUCCGGAUUUGCCCUUCUGUCCCUUCUAGAAUACACCAUCAGUGGUCCCCUUGUGCUCAUUUUGUUAGGAAUUAAGCUUGUAUCCGUAUCAGUUUCCCAACUUGCAACAACUCAAUCUAGAAGGAAAUGAAUUUUCACGAUUAAAUUUUAGUCGCUUGCGAGUUCCUCAGCUCAAAUGGCUCAAUGUGUCAAGCUGCUAUGACCUUGUAGAAUUGUCAGAGAUGCCAUCAAGUAUAGCUGUUGUUAUAGCGGAUAAUUGUAGCUCGCUUGAAAGCUUUGGAGAUAUCUCAAACUGUAAAUGGUUGUGGAAAGUGUCACUUCUAGGGGACAACAAACUUGGUGAUGGUGAGAUAUUACUAGACUCCAUGCUCCAGGGGAAUGCUAUUGAAGAUCACUUUAUCAGUGUAAGACUUCAAUAUCAGAAUCCAAGGGCGUUUGUAGGUAGGUUCUUUGUUGAAAAUACCUUUAUUUACAAACUGAACAUUAAAUGUGAAGGGUGUGUUUUGUACAAUAUUGCUAUUUGUGGGUAGUUUGUAUAAGUUUUUUAUGCAGGUGAGUUUUCGGGUUAAUACUCGGGUUAAGGCGCGGAUCUUCAGGUGUUAUGUGAGUUGAUAAAAUAUCUUGUUCAUUGUAUCGGUGUAGUAGUUCAGUUGUUCAAAGCAUAUACACAUCUUCUUUGUUCUCUCGGUAACUGUUAGGGUUUUCUCCAGUAGAAGAUCGUAGUUUUUAGAUCGUGUUCUUAUUUUCAUCCGAGAGUGAGUGUGAUUGUAGUGAGAUUUCUGGUGUAAGUUGAUGUAUAAUCGAACUGGUUUAUAUUAAAUAAACUGUUCAAGUUGGGAA